CCGUUUAUAUUGUUUUCAGAAGAAAAAUGUAUAAAUGACUUUGUAAUAUUGUUAAUGCGCGUUGAUAAUACGUGUGAAUUGUUAGUGUUUUUGAUAUCGUGGUAUCCUUCGUGCUUAAACAUUCAGAAGUCAAGGAAUGGAAAGUACGAAUGUGAUAGUUGCGAGAAAAAGUUCGUUUCGGAAAGGGGGUUAAAAUUUCAUCGAAGAAUUCAUACUGGAGAAGGGCUCUUGUCUUGCCAAUACUGCAAUCGUCAGUUUACCCAAUCGGGUCAUCUACUUGACCACGUCAAGACUCACACCGGAGAGAAACUCUUUGCCUGUGAUCAUUGCAAACAACGCUUUACCCAAAAAUCAAAUCUGAUUGCACAUCUCCGAACUCACACAGGGGAGAGGCCUUUCUUUUGUGAACAUUGCAAACGAACUUUUAAACAAAAACAACAUAUGAUAAAUCAUACUCGUCUUCACACCGGAGAAAAGCCAUUCUCGUGUAAUUAUUGCUCAGAAAAAUUCUAUUCUAGAUCGACUUUGACUCGUCAUGUAUUUAUACGUCACAAGAAUAAGAAUUUUAAAUAAUGAUGACUUUUAUGAAGCAAAAUGCCAAAAAACAAAAAUGGGUCGAAAUGGUUGAUUCAUCGCAUUUGUUUAAAAAAUCAUUUUAAUACUCCUAUUUAGAAUUUACUGAACACA